GAGUUCGAUAAUGCAAUCAUAACAAUGAUAGCACAUCCAUCGGAAGCUUGGCGUGAAAAUCACUUCAAGGAUAUCAUUGGUAAAGUGGCCAACAUUGAAUUGUAUUACAAAGCAAUCGACUUCUACUUGGAAUUCAAACCGAUGUUAUUGAAUGAUUUACUUUUAAUCUUAUCGGCACGUCUUGACCAUACACGUGCAGUCAACUAUUUUAUUAAAGUCAAACAACUUCCAUUAGUCAAACCAUAUCUACGCUCAGUUCAAAAUAUCAAUAAUAAAGCAAUCAAUGAAGCAUUAAAUAAUUUAUUAAUCGAAGAAGAAGAUUAUCAAGGUUUACGUAAUUCGAUCGAUGCUUAUGAUAAUUUCGACAAUAUAUC